GGUGACAUUCUACAUAAAACCCCCCUCAAGUCAAGCCCUUUUUCCCAACCACCCCUACCAAUUCGAGAUUCUAGAGAGAGAAAGCUUAACAAAACUAAACCUUUUGUUCUGAUUUUCUCUCUCUAAACGUCUAUUCUCGAUUCGAAUCCACCGUAAUCUCGCCGGCAAACCGUCAAUUUGUCGUCAUCUUACAGAAAACCUAGAGAGAUAAAGCUCAACAACACUCAUUUUCUCUCUCUAAACGCCGAUUCUCGAUUCGAUUUGUUGUGAUUUCACUGAGAAUCUAGAGAGAGAAAGCUUAACACUAAUUUUCUCUCUAAAAGCCGAUUUUCGAUUCGAAUUUACCGGAUUCUCGCCGGCGAACACUCGUUUCGUCGUGAAACUGUUGAAUUCGUACCGGAAACAAUGCAAUCAAGCUCCGAGAAGAUCUCGCCGCUCGAUCUGAUGAGUGCGCUUUUGAACGGAAAGGUUUGGGACACAUCGAACGCAUCGGAAUCAGGAGAAUCGACGAGUCCACCGGCGUUAGCGAUGAUUUUGGAGAAUCGUGAGCUGAUGAUGAUACUUACGACGUCGUGUGCGGUGUUGAUUGGAUGCGUCGUCGUUUUGGUGUGGCGGAGAUCGGCGACGAAGAAGUCGGUGUUGGAGCCGCCGGUGGUUGUGGUGCCAAAGAGAGUGGUGGAGGAGGAGGUUGAUGACGGUAAGAAGAAGGUUACCGUGUUUUUUGGAACUCAAACUGGUACGGCUGAAGGCUUCGCUAAGGCACUUGUUGAGGAAGCUAAAGCUAGAUAUGAAAAGGCGGUAUUUAAAGUGAUUGAUUUGGAUGAUUAUGCUGCUGAUGAUGAAGAGUAUGAGGAGAAACUUAAGAAGGAAUCAUUGGCUUUUUUCUUUUUGGCUACAUAUGGAGAUGGUGAGCCAACCGAUAAUGCGGCCAGAUUCUAUAAGUGGUUUACUGAGGGCGAAGAGAAAGGAGAAUGGCUUACGAAGCUUCAAUACGGAGUGUUUGGCCUUGGCAACCGACAGUAUGAACAUUUUAAUAAGAUUGCAAAGGUGGUUGACGAUGGUCUUACUGAGCAGGGUGCGAAGCGGCUUGUUCCUGUCGGCCUUGGAGAUGAUGAUCAAUGCAUUGAAGAUGACUUCACUGCAUGGAAAGAGCUAGUGUGGCCUGAAUUAGAUCAAUUGCUUCGUGACGAGGAUGACACAACUGUUGCCACUCCCUACACAGCUGCGGUUUCCGAAUACCGUGUUGUGUUUCAUGACAAACCAGACAUGUUUGCCGAAGAUCAAAGUAUGACAAAUGGUCAUGCUGUUCAUGACGCUCAACAUCCAUGCAGAUCAAAUGUGGCUGUCAAGAAGGAACUUCAUACCCCUGAAUCUGACCGGUCUUGUACUCAUCUGGAAUUUGACAUCUCUAAUACUGGAUUAACAUAUGAAACCGGGGAUCACGUGGGAGUCUACUGUGAGAACCUAAGUGAAGUUGUGGAUGAGGCUGAAAGAUUAGUAGGUUUACCACCAGACACUUACUUCUCAGUCCACACGGAUAACGAGGACGGGACACCACUUUCCGGAGCCUCUCUGCCACCUCCUUUCCCUCCAUGUACUUUAAGAAAAGCAUUGGCUUGCUAUGCAGAUGUUUUGAGUUCUCCCAAAAAGUCAGCGUUGCUUGCACUAGCUGCCCAUGCUACCGACCCCAGUGAAGCUGAUAGACUAAAAUUUCUUGCAUCUCCUGCUGGAAAGGAUGAAUAUUCUCAAUGGAUAGUUGCAAGCCAUAGAAGCCUUCUUGAGGUCAUGGAAGCCUUCCCGUCAGCUAAACCUCCGCUCGGUGUUUUCUUCGCGUCUGUCGCCCCGCGCUUACAGCCCCGAUACUACUCUAUUUCUUCCUCCCCAAAGAUGGCACCAAACAGGAUCCACGUUACUUGUGCAUUAGUUUACGAGAAAACACCAGCAGGCCGUGUCCACAAAGGUGUUUGUUCAACCUGGAUGAAGAACGCUGUGCCUAUGACAGAGAAUCAGGAUUGCAGUUGGGCCCCUGUUUACGUUAGAACAUCCAACUUCAGACUGCCUUCUGAUCCUACGGUCCCGGUUAUCAUGAUUGGCCCGGGAACGGGAUUGGCUCCUUUUAGAGGUUUCCUUCAGGAAAGGUUAGCAUUGAAGGAAGCUGGAACUGAGCUCGGAUCAUCCGUUCUAUUCUUCGGAUGCAGAAACCGCAAAGUGGAUUUUAUAUACGAAAACGAAUUUAACAAUUUUGUGGAGUCCGGUGCUCUUUCUGAGCUUAUUGUUGCUUUCUCCCGCGAAGGCCCAACUAAGGAAUACGUGCAACACAAGAUGAGCGAGAAGGCUUCAGAUAUCUGGAACUUGCUUUCUGAGGGAGCUUAUUUAUAUGUAUGUGGUGACGCCAAAGGCAUGGCUAAAGACGUACAUCGAACCCUUCACACCAUCGUGCAAGAACAGGGAUCUCUAGACUCCUCAAAGGCGGAACUCUACGUGAAGGACCUUCAAAUGUCGGGAAGAUACCUCCGUGAUGUUUGGUAACGAAAAAACCGAAAAGUUGAAAAAAGCUUCUGUUAGCAAACUUAUUCGGAAGCAUAGGAGGAAAGCGGUCGAUGUUUCCGAUAAGAACAGAGCGAUAAGAAUAGAGCGGGAAGUGUAUUCGCAUUCGUUGUUAAUUAUAGCGUGAUGUGUUCAAAAAUUCUUUUUAUAUUCUUCUGUGUUUUACACACACGUGGUUUGGAACUUUGAAUGUGUAAUUUAUAAGGAGAUAGUAAUAGCUUUAUACAUAUACAUAUUUGGAAGCAGCAACUGUAGAAACCCACUUGUUAUGUAUGAACAAAAGCGGAUGUAUUUAUUUAUAGACGUCCUUUUCGAACUCGAGAGGUGUCUCUAAAUAACCUAAAUAGAGAUCAUGUUUAUCUUCGUGAA